UGACAGUAGAUUAAUUUUUGACAACAUGAUCAAAAUAGCAUUGACAGAUCCAGACGAUACCCACAACAAUCUUCAUGUCCAAAUGUUUAUUCUAUCUGUGUAUGCUGACGAGCAUAGCUAACCAGACCCCAGCAACCGCCACCACUACCCAGACCCCAGGGACCACCAUCACCAGCAUCCACAACCAAACCAACAGUUUCGACGAACCCCUACAACCCCGCAUAUACGUCGCAGCCCCCGAAUGCCCCGACUUCCUCUUCUUCGUCUCCCUACUGCGCAGCAACGGCGAGCAGCACUGCGGAGGCUCCCUGAUCGGCCCCUACUGGGUCCUGACCGCAGCCAGCUGCAACUACUUCCGGCUCUCGGCCACCGCUGGCCCCUACACCGAGGCAGUGCAGCGCAUGUUCCCCCACCCCAGCUUCAGCAUGCACAGCGUCGAGCACGACGUAGCGCUAGCGAAGCUUCAGAACGCCAUCCCAUCGCUGGCCGAGCAAGUAAGCUACGUCAGCUUGCCCAAGGACAUUUUCGAGGGCGUUAUAGAGAACGAGGUGUGUGCCAACGUGACUCUGAUGGGUAUGGGAAGGAGGGCCCCACUAGGAGCGUCGUCAGAGGAACUGGCGUGUCUUCAGGUGGGCACCAUCACUUACGAAGCUUGCGCUGGGGAGUUCCCAGGUGUAACCAUGCAGAAGGUAGUGAUGUGUUCGCGGACGGAAGCGAAGCACGCUUGCGAGGGGGAUACGGGGGGACCGGUGAUGUGUGAAGGAGUCCAGUUCGGGAUCAUAAGUUGGGCUUGCGAUUGCAAGGAUGAGCACCCGGACGUUUUUACUAGGGUGGAUAGGCAUUUGGGGUUUAUCGUAGCGACCGUCAAGCAAAAUCGAGCGAGGAGGAUGGGCUGCGGUGGGACGGUCUUCGUUGUUUUAGUUACGGUUGUUCAGUGUUUCGCUAAUAAAUGUUCAUGAGAUGAAAAUCG